AUGGUACUCCAAACUGUCUCAUGUUCUUACCUUGACAGGUUUUAUCAAUCUAAUGUUGAUCAUAGUCUCUUCACUAAGACUACGGGCACCAUGUUCACUGCCAUCCUGAUCUAUGUUGAUGACAUUUUUGUUACUGGCAACGACCUACCAACCAUCACUGCUCUCAAGAACCACUUGGGUACUGCAUUCGACAUUCUCUCUGAUGCUGGUCAACUUGGUUCUCGCCCUGCUUACUUUCCUAUGGAGCGGCAUCUUAAACUCAAUGACAGUGAUGGUACCCCUCUUGUUGAUCCAGCCUUUUACUGUCGCUUGAUUGGUCAUCUCAUCUUCCUGACCAUUUCAAGUCCAGAUAUUACUUACACAGUCAAUCUUUUGAUCCAAUUUAUGCAUGCUCCUCAUGAGCCCCACCAGCAAGCUGCCCUUCAGUUACUUCAGUAUUUGAAGACCACUCCCGGUUAUGGCUUAUUUUUCUCUUCAGCUUAUAGUUUCCAAUUAUCUGCCUAUUGUGACUCUGACUGGGCCAGUUGCUUUAUGACUCGUCGAUCCACCACUGGCUUUGUUGUCAAACUUGGCGAUAGCCCCAUCUCUUGGCAUACCAAGAAACAAUCCACUGUAUCUCGCUCUUCUACUGAAGCUGAAUAUCAUGCCAUAGCCAAUACCUCUUGUGAGAUUAAAUGGCUACAAUUUAUUCUUCGUGAUUGUUAA